UGCUCUCUGGUUGCUAUGAGAACAGCAGCACUGCACCAUUCAUCUGCUGGAGACCUGGGCUCCCUGCUCCUGUAGAGAGAGUGCACCUCUCACAUCCAUACAUAACACAGUGAGCGCUAAUGCAGUCACACAGCCAAACGGGGAGCUCACCUUUCUCUAAACACGCAGGAAAUUUCACUUGUUGUUUUUUCUCUUCUUUUUUUUUUUUUUUUUUUUUACCUCAGAUUUGUUUAGCAGUAGUGAAGAUUUUUUUUUUUGUCACUUGACAGCUUUGGUACAUGCUCCACUAGCGGAGUUGUCACCUCCAUGCCUCCCUCUUUCCCCAGUGGCACGGUUACUGCUGCACUUUUCCUUUCUCUUCAUCCUUUCUUCCUUCCCUCCUCCUUCUCCUCCUCCUCCUCUCGCUCCUCCCGUCACUGCCAAAGCUGCCCGGCUCCGUAUCAUUUCCUGCGCCUGAGCUUGAGCGGGCAGCAUCGCCACUGAAACCUGUGGAGAUUUCUUCAGAGGGGAGACAAGUGGAAGCGAGAGGGAGAGCCUCCUCUCCCCCUUCUGCUCAUCCUCCACGCUGCCUCACAGCAGCUGCCUUUUUUUUUUUUUUUCCUCCUCCUGAUCUCUUCCAUCAUUUCUCCCCUCCCUGUUUUUGAUGAACUGGUCAUCGCUCGGGGAGGAAGGAUUGCUCGUGCCGCUGGAAGGAGGGGACCUGGUGCCGUACUCGAGCCUUCAGGAAUGCGAGGUCUGGUUUGAAAAUGCCCCUCUGCGGAAAGCAAAGUUUGUGGAGAGCCCUCGCAUUCCACAAUCAGAGCUUGGCUCCCCUACACACACCUCUGCUACUGCCAAGAAUACAGACCUGGACACAUACUGCCCUGGGGAGUCAAGCCAUGAGCUGGGGCCCCCUCCGUCCGUGGAUGAGGCAGCCAACACAUUGAUGACGCGGCUGGGUUUCCUUCUGGGAGACAAAGUGAGUGAGGGGCCAGCUGGUACGCAGUACAGCAUGGAGGAACCCGAGGCGAGACAGGGCCAGAACCAGAGGAUCAGCCCCUGCUCCACCCUGACCAGCAGCACUGCCUCUCCGCCUGCAGGCAGCCCCUGCUCCACCCUCCCCAUGGCCAUGCCGGGCCAGGCCGGCAACAAGGACUGUGCCUACGGUUCUGUCACCAGCCCCACCUCAACACUGGAGAGCAGAGACAGUGGGAUUAUAGCUACUCUGACGAGCUACUCGGAGAACAUGGAGCGAGGCGGCAAAUACAGCGAGGGCUCGCGAGGGAACCUGAAGCUGUGGCAGUCCCAGAAAUCAGGCAUGGACUCGUUCCUGUACAGGGUGGAUGAAAACAUGACCGCCUCCACCUUCAGCCUGAAUAAAAUCCCUGAGCGCAACCUGGAGAGCAUGUCCUCCCAUUCUGCCCACUCCAUCCCUUUGUACCUCAUGCCCCGUCCCAAUUCUGUGGCCGCUACAAGUUCGGCCCACCUGGAGGACCUGGCGUACCUGGAUGAUCAGAGGCACACUCCGUUACGCACCUCGCUGCGCAUGCCAAGGCAGAGCACCACCUGCGGGCCGGGUCGCUCCGGGCAGGACCUGAGAGCUUCUGCAAAUAACACCCAUGCCUGGCAAUCUCAGUCACUGCGUUUUGCACCUUAUCGGCCUCAGGACAUCGCUCUCAAACCUCUGCUGUUCGAAGUGCCCAGCAUCACCAUGGACUCCGUCUUCACGGGACGCGAGUGGCUCUUCCAGGAGAUUGACGCCCACCUCAACAAUCCCAACGGCGGCGGCAACCACGGUGUCGUGAUCGUGGGCAACAUCGGCUUCGGCAAGACGGCGAUCAUCUCCCGGCUGGUGGCGCUGAGCUGCCACGGCACCCGCAUGAGGCAGAUCGCCUCGGACAGCCCGCAGGCCUCACCCAAACAUGGAGAGGGGCUCCCUCUCACGCAGCCCCAACCCACGCACGGCACCCUAGGAGGAGGCAGCUGUCCUGGAACCCCUGAGAUGAGGCGACGUCAGGAAGAGUCCAUGAGGAGGCUGGCGUCACAAGUGGUGGCCUAUCACUACUGCCAGGCAGAUAACGCCUACACCUGCCUGGUGCCGGAGUUUGUGCACAACGUCGCGGCCUUGUUGUGCCGCUCGCCGCACCUGGUCGCCUACAGGGAGCAGCUUCUGAGGGAACCACACCUGCAGAGUGUCCUGAGUCUGCGCUCCUGCGUCCAGGACCCCCUGGCUUCCUUCAGAAGGGGGGUCCUGGAGCCCCUGGACGCACUUUACAAAGAGAGAAAAAUCAGCUCUGAGGAGGACCUCAUUAUCCUCAUCGACGGCCUCAACGAGGCCGAGUUCCACAAGCCGGACUACGGAGACACCGUUGUUUCCUUCCUCACCAAAACCAUUCACAAGUUCCCUCCCUGGCUCAAACUAGUGGUGACGGUCAGAACGACGCUACAGGAGAUCACCAACGCGCUGCCGUUUCACCGCAUCUCCCUGGACAGCCUGGAGGAGAACGACGCCAUAGACCAGGACCUGCAGGGCUACAUCCUGCACCGCAUCCACAGCAGCCCCGAAAUUCAGAACAACAUUUCGCUUAACGGCAAGAUGGACAACACCACCUUUGGCAAGCUCAGCGGCCACCUGAAGGCCCUGAGCCAGGGGUCCUACCUGUACCUCAAGCUCACCUUUGACCUCAUUGAGAAGGGCUACCUUGUUCUCAAAAGUUCCAGCUAUAAGGUGGUUCCGGUAAACCUGGCGGAGGUGUACCUGCUGCAGUGCAACAUGCGUUUCCCCACGCAGUCGUCGUUCGAGCGGGCGCUUCCCCUCCUCAACGUGGCCGUGGCGUCGCUCCAUCCGCUGACGGACGAGCAGAUAUACCAGGCCAUCAACGCCGGUUCGCUGCAGGGCACGCUGGACUGGGAAGACUUUCAGCAGCGCGUCGACAACCUGUCAGUCUUCCUCGUGAAGAGGAGGGACGGUACCAGGAUGUUUGUUCACCCUUCCUUCAGGGAGUGGCUGAUCUGGAGAGAAGAGGGAGAAAAGACAAAGUUCCUCUGCGACCCGAGGAGCGGACACACCCUGCUGGCCUUCUGGUUCUCUCGCCUGCAGAACAAGCUGAACAGACAGCAGACCAUCGAGCUGGGCCAUCACAUCCUCAAAGCGCAUAUCUUCAAGGGUCUCAGCAAGAAAGUUGGCGUCUCGUCGUCCAUCUUGCAAGGUCUGUGGAUAUCUUACAGCACAGAGGGUCUUUCUGCGGCGCUCUCAUCGCUCAGAAAUCUCUACACUCCCAACAUCAAGGUGAGUCGGCUUCUGAUGCUGGGCGGUGCCAACGUGAACUACCGCACGGAGGUGCUGAAUAACGCCCCCAUCCUCUGCGUCCACUCCCAUUUGGGCUACAUGGACAUGGUGGCUCUGCUGCUCGAGUUUGGUGCCUUUGUGGACGCCCAGUCUGAAAACGGCCUCACACCGCUUGCCUACGCCGCUGCCGGCGGACACAUGGCCAUCGUCACUGCACUUUGUCGCAAGAGAGCAAAGGUGGACCAUCUGGACAAGAACGGCCAAUGCGCCCUGGUUCAUGCGGCCUUGAGGGGCCACAUGGAGGUGGUGAAGUUCCUCAUCCAGAGUGACUGGAACGUGGGCUCACAGCAGCAGCAGCAACAGUCACCACAGGCGCAGCAGCAGGCAGCCUUCACCAAGAGCCAAGCGGUCCAGCAGGCACUGGUUGCUGCAGCCAGCAUGGGCUACACAGAGAUUGUUUCCUACCUGCUGGACCUGCCAGAGAAAGAUGAAGAGGAAGUGGAGCGUGCUCAGAUCAAUAACUUUGACUCCCUGUGGGGAGAGACAGCUCUGACGGCAGCCUCGGGUCGCGGGAAGCUGGAGGUUUGCCGCCUCUUACUGGAGCAGGGCGCCGCCGUGGCUCAACCCAACAGACGAGGCAUUGUUCCACUCUUCAGCGCCGUCAGACACGGACACUGGCAGAUUGUAGACCUCCUUCUCACUCAUGGAGCCGACAUCAACAUGGCUGAUAAGCAGGGCCGCACGCCUCUGAUGAUGGCCGCCUCAGAGGGACAUCUGGGAACGGUUGAGUUUUUACUCUCCCAAGGAGCUUCUCUGCCUCUGAUGGAUAAGGAGGGUCUGACUGCACUGAGUUGGGCCUGUCUGAAAGGACAUCUGCCCGUGGUCCGCUACCUAGUGGAGAGCGGCUCUGCCACUGACCACGCAGACAAGAACGGACGCACGCCCCUCGACCUAGCAGCCUUCUACGGCGACUCUGACGUGGUCCAGUUCUUGGUCGACCAUGGGGCCAUGAUAGAGCACGUCGACUACAGCGGCAUGCGGCCUCUGGACCGAGCAGUGGGCUGCAGAAACACGUCGGUGGUGGUGGCCCUGCUCAAGAAAGGAGCCAAGAUUGGAUGUCAGACGCUGCCCAGUCGGCCCCGAGGUCCAGCCACGUGGGCCAUGGCCACCUCAAAACCUGACAUCAUGAUCAUCUUACUCAGCAAGCUCAUUGAGGAGGGGGACAGCUUCUACAAGAAGGGGAAGGUGAAGGAGGCUACUCAACGUUACCAGUACGCUCUGAAAAAGUUUCCACGUGAAGGCUUUAGUGAGGACCUCAAGACAUUCAGGGAACUCAAAGUAUCACUGUUCCUCAACCUGUCCCGAUGUCGGAGGAAAAUGAAUGACUUUGGGAUGGCUGAGGAAUUUGCUACCAAGGCACUUGAACUGAAACCAAAAUCGUAUGAGGCCUAUUAUGCCAGAGCACGUGCCAAACGUAGCAGCAGACAAUUUCCUGAAGCCUUAGAGGACCUAAAUGAAGCCAUAAAACUAUGUCCAAAUAACAGAGAAAUCCAGCGACUCCUCCAGAGGGUGGAGGAGGAAUGUCAUCAGCUCUACCAGGAAGAACACCAGCAGCAGGACAUGGAGUUGGAGCCUCCACCCUCACCUCCCCCAACACCCCCUCCAGAGGAGGAGGAGUCCUUGUCCCUGUCCAUGCCUCUUCCCCCUCCACCUGAGCCCCGCCUGGAGGACAUGGAGCCUGUCCAAGACCUGUUUGAGGAUGAGGACUACUUAGAGCAGGAGCUGGAGGCAAUGUCUUUGGCACUACCACCUCCAGAAUCUCUCACCAAUCCGUCAAGUCUUCCCAUCAUACAAAGCCCACCUCUCUCCCCCACACACCCGGAUCAGAUUUAUUUAACUGGGGGCUCACCCAUGGGCCAGCCUUAUGAAUACCUCCCAACCUCCUCCUCUAUGUCCUCCCCAACUCGAGGUUCAUAUCAGCCCCCAUCGCCCUCUCUCUCUCCGACUCAUCAAAACUCCCACUACCGACACAGCCCUCCUCACACUUCCCCAGUGCACCAACAGUCCUACCGAUUCAGCCCACCUCCGAUGGGCAGUGGGGGUCAGGGGAUGGAUCACCAGAGCCCACCGCCUUCUCCUUUACGUCGGGCUGCUCAGUACAGAGCUAGUCCACCGUUGGAAACCGUGUGCUUGUACAGAUCGCAAUCUGGGUCUCCGGUGCGAUACCAGACGGAGCAGCUCCCUGGACGACCCAAAUCUCCCCUGUCCAAGAUGAGCAGCCAGCGUUCAUUCCAGCUGACCUCACAGCCGUCAAUAUCCUCCCAGCAUCACCAAGCCCAAGGUCUUCGCCUCCAACCCUCUAUCGCCCAAAUCGUCCGCACAAACCAGCCCAACGUCUUGGGCAACAGCUUUAGCGGUCCAAUGGGCCACUCCAUUGGCGGUCGCUAUCAGGGGGGCUCAGUGGAUGUGGAGAGCCGCCUGGUGUACCAGCCGUCCCUGGAUGGGCGGUCCAUGCCCCAGGUCCAGGCCAGCCUCAGCUCUGGGGCCCUCUGUCAGCACGGCGGCCGAGGAGGGGUCAUGGAGUCAAACCUGUUGAAAGAUGAGCUACCCCAGCGCCCCUCCUCUGCCUACCGCGCCAGCAGCGGGGGACCAGGGGGCAUCCGUUACAGCCAGACACCUCAGAUAAGCCGCAGCCAGUCUGCAGCCUACUACCCAGUCUCUGAACACGUACUGGAGCGUGCAAACGCCAUGCCUCCCUGUCAGCUGGGCUCUCCUGAGAUCCCCCACAUGGUGAGACGUCCCGUGAGUGCCAAUACUACUGAGAUGAAGCAGCACGUGCCCACCCCCAGGCCUCUCAUCCAUUCUCAGAGUGUAGGCCUGCGAUUCUCCCCCUCUAGCAACAACAUCUCGGCUGGGUCUACUUCCAACAUAGCUCAGGCCUUUAGGCCCUCCGCGUCUAUUCAGCAGAUGGAGAUUCCCUUGCAAGCCACAUACGAGCGCACCUGUGAUGACAUCUCCCCGAUCUCUCCCUCUCAGAGCGGCGGUCUGUAUCAGGGCGAAACCACCCGCUCCAGGAAUACGCCUUUCAUGGGGAUCAUAGACAAGACCGCUCGGACUCAACAGUACCUGCAUCAGCCCGGACGGUCCAGGCCCAUGACCUCCAUGGAUUCUGCUAUUAGCCCAACCUCCCCUGGGCAGCUAGUCCAGCAGGGCUCCACCUACAGUCCCCCGGCAUCUCUGGGUAACAUCGCCUACUACAACAAGACCAACAAUGCCCAAAAUGGACACCUGUUGGAGGAGGACUACUACUCCCAGACGCAGCCCUCCUCAUUGGGAAAGCUGGCCAACGGAUCCCGGGGCACUGGUGAUAUUCUGGAACGGGUCAGCCAGGUGCCCACCUACCCCGACGUGAAGGUGGCGAGGACUCUGCCAGUGGCACAGGCCUACCAGGACAACAUGUACCGCCAGCUGUCACGUGACUCCCGGACCCAAGGCCCUACAUCCCCCAUCAAACCAAAGAGACCAUUUGUGGAGUCGAAUGUGUGAGUGGGCAGUUUGGACUUUGGUGUGUCAGUAGAAGUGARGGUGGAAGAAUAUUUAUCUAAAAAAAAAAACACAAACAAAAAAAAUGUGACAUGUGAUCUGUGUAUGUGUCAUGGACAAACUCAUGCAAAAGAACUCUUAAAGAGACACAACUCCAGUCAAAGAGAGAAAACCACAUUUAGGCUUUUAGACGCAAUCCUAUAUGAAAAAAAAAAAAACAUAACUGAUACUGAAAUGAUCAUUUCAUCGUCAUCAUCAUAAUCUGCACACAGGCCGAACAACAGAAAGUUUCUGAGUUCUCAUUUCAUUCUUUGACCAGUGCACUUCCAAGACUUAGAGUGGCACAACGCGACCACAAGUAACCACCCCAGAUGGGACGGAAAGAGUGACCGUGCUCCUCCUCAUCAGACUCUGCUCGUGGACUCUCUGCUCAUCUUCUGUUCUUUCAAAGUGUGCUCUUAACCAAGAUUGCUGUGUAGGCUCUAUUCUAUGUACUACAAUAUUAUCUGUUCAAUACUGUACAUUGCUCUGAAAAAGCAAGAGGUUCUACGACUCAGUACUUAGAGAAAAAUGACAAUAUUUAUAAUUAAGUUAUAUAUUGUACAUAGAAAAUAAAACAAAGAAUAGUUUGCAUUUUAAAGUUUAUUCUGUUAGCCCUGCUACUGUGUCACACUGCUAGUCGUGUGGAGGUGGAAAAAUUGACCAAUGACAAAUGAGGGACAGACAAGCUUUGAUACAUUGUUGUUUGGAAAGAUGCAAGCAACUGCUUAAAAUCGCAAACUGCUUAUGAUUGAAGUUGUCGAUUUAUUCUUUGUGGAGGGGCUUAAAUUGAUCAGAUGUAGACCGCAUGUUUUACAUUUCUGCUUCUUUCUUUUUUUUUUUUUUUUCAAACGCAAAAGAAACAAAACAAAGGAUUGGUAAUAUUUCCCAAAAUGAAACUUUAUUACAACAGGUUGAUAAUUAAAAUGGUCAGGCUGCAACUUCUGUGUGGAUUUAUGCAUGCUAAAAACAAACAGGAAAAAAAAUCUACAUUUUAUCUUUUACUUGGCAACAUAUCUGUUACAACGGGUUUAGAAACGUAUACUCAGUCCUAUAUGACUGUUUGGUUAUUGUGACGUUAAAAAAGUAGCCCAUUUUCAAAGCUUUUGCAUAACGAAAUUAAAAACAAUAUAUUUUAGGGACAAAUUGUUUAAUAAAAAGGUGCAAUAACCUAAAUAACCUGGUGGCAUAUGUGUGAACACCUUUAAAGUAAUUCUUUGAGAAUCUGUUUUUUGUUUUGUUUGUUUUUUUAUGACUGCAUAGUGUUCAGCAUUCUUGGCAUUAGUCCAUUCUAAAAGUUCUCUAAAUCCGUCAGAUUGUGAGGACAUCCCUUGUCCACUGCUCUCUUCAGAUUUUAUGUCUGAUUUAGUUCUGGAUUCUGGCUCAGCCGGUCCUUAAGAGAAGCAACACCCUAGCAAAGGAUGUGGUCCAAAAGCUGAAGUUUUUUGUUUUUUUUCCCCCAUUAAUCUACAAUGUUUUGCUGCUGGCUUUAAUGUUUAAAGUCAUCUCUUGAUUUUACCUUUUUUUUCAGACUGGAAGUAGUAACAUUUUGGAGUGGCCAGAAUCCCAACUUGAAUCUAAUGGAUUGAGCUAAGUAUUAGGGUGAUUGCAAAGAGAACUUUCCUUACUCAUCACCAAAGAUAAACCAUGAAAAUGUCAGUGGAAACAUGCAAAAAGCUGCUGAGCAAUUAUAAAAAGACUUUAUUUGCUUUAAUGCCAAUGAAAAGUUUUCCCUUGCCUUGUUUUCCAUUUUGGAGUAAAACGUAAAUACCUUUAGAUGGUUGUUUCCCCAAGAUGAUACUCGGUUUAAGUUUUUUCUGCCAGGUUUAGGGAUACCUUUGUACAGUGAGAUCCCUUUAUAGAUUAGCUAAAGGAUCCAAAUGUUAAACAAAUUCAAUAUAAUUGAUUGUUGUAGUGAAUUUCAAUAACACUGAAUGCUGAAAUUGAAGAGUCCAAGGAAGCAUUUGUCUAAAGCUGAACACACUUAUGCCACCAGGAUUUAUUGAUUUUAGUUUUUUUUUUAUUAUUAUUAUUUUCAAACAGAUUAGCUUAUUUUUCUGUUCAGUAGAGAAACGUUUUGAAAAGAGACAUUUUUUUAACGUAAUUAAAAACCAGACUUUUCUAAAGAGUCACUGUAGAUCCACUGUCCAUAGAGCCAUUUGGCUGCAGUAUGUUGGUUAUUCGUUAUUAAUUAGUGGCUCCAGUUGUUGGAAUUACAGAACAGAGAUCUGCUUUGAUUGCAAUACAGCGGUUUUGCCUAAGUUAACGAUGAGUAAUUAACUGGAAGUGUAAUAUUGAAAGUACAAUUGAAGUUUGGUUCUGUCCCUCCUUCGAAAUAGUGACAGGUUAGUGCUCAAAGGUUACAAGCAAGCAAAUGCAUCUCCCCACCACCCCUCCUCCUCACCAGCUCCUGGUAAACAUUUCUCCCUCUUCUACUUUAUUUUCAUGAUUUUUUUAUUUAUUUUUUCCCCCCAGCCAGUUCUGCCCUCUGAAUGCGUCUUACAUUUUGAACUAAGGGUGCACUUUAUAUAUUUUAUCUACUUGGGUUGUUGCUGCGCUUGGUGAAUUUGGAGAGCAUGGGUGUGCGUCCGAUGCGGCCAGACUGUCAGAGAUUCCAUUACUGUAUAAUUUUUCAGCUUGGUGGUGAGUGACGGUAUGAGGAGAGAACGACGUUUUUAAAAACUGGCGAAGAUGUAUAGACUUUCUAGCACAAGCUGUAUAUAGUGGUUUAGAUACUGCGCUCGAUCCGGCUCGGAUUUGUGGGUUUGUUUGUUUUUUUUUGUGUUUUGUUUUAAAGGCCAAAUCAUGUUUCACCUUGUUCCAAAAAAA